UGGGAAUGAAACUUCCGAAAGUUGCAGGCUCGUAGCUUUCAAAGAAUACUCCAUGUGACUUUCAAAGGGGGCUCCUAGAGGCUGGAAUUCUGGAAGAAGGGAAGAACGAAGACUCCUCAGUGACAACUCUCUGCUUUUCUUGAUUAUUGAUAUUCGAUGGACACUAGCUACUUUGAUGAUGGUGCUUCAACUCAUGAAGAAGAUGUGUACGUUGAGAAUGUGAAUGAGUAUGCAUUUAAUAAUAGAGAUGAAGUUGAACCUCCAGAAGAACAUCAAAUGCAAGGAGAUGAAGAACCAAAAGAAAGGCCAACUAAGAAGCCAAAGAACAGUAGAUUGAAGUCCAUUGUGUGGGAUCAUUUUGAUAGAGAGACAUGGACUGAUGAAGACAAUACACUACAUGUUUUUGUAGUAUGUAAAUACUGUCCUAAGCGUGUUGCAGCUCAUCCCAAAAGAGAUGGAAAUAAUGGAGCUUUGAAUCACAUGAACACAUGUACUGCUAGCCCUCUGUGGAAGAAGAAAGAUGUUAGUCAACCAACAUUAACAAAUGAAUCCAUGGGGGCAGCUUUGGCUCCACAUUCUUUCAAUAAAAAAAGACUUGAAAUGAAGUGUACUAUAUACAUAAUUAAGGAUGAGCAGUCUUUUAGGGCCAUUGAAGGAGAAGGGUUGAGGGAGCUGAUACAAGAUCUUCAACCUAGGUUUAAGAUACUGUGUAGAAAGAAGAUUGCUAGUAUGGCAUGGGAAUUGUUUAUGGUUGAGAGAACCAAGAUUAAGAGUGCAUUGAAUGGCAAAAGAAUAAGUAUCACUACCGAUACUUGGACAUCCAUCCAAAACAUAAACUACAUGGUAAUCACUGCUCACUUCAUAGAUGAUGAUUGGAAGAUCCACAAAAGAAUUAUUAAUUUUACGAAAAUCAUAAGUCAUUCGGGGGAUGAUAUUGGAAAAGUCUUAGAAGGAUGUCUAACUUUGACCGGUGAUGAAGGGUGGGGGGGUAGAUAAAAUAUUUUGCAUCACUGUUGAUAAUGCUAGUGCCAAUAAGGUGGCAGUUGAUUACAUGGCCAAAAGACUCGAUAGCUUGGGAACUCUAAUGUUUGAUGGAGCGUAUUUACAUUUGAGAUGUGCAUGCCAUAUCCUUAAUUUAAUUGUUGGGGAUGGAUUGAAGGAACUUCAAAAGUCCAUUGAAGGUAUACGAAAUUGUGUGAAAUACCUUCACUCCUCACCACAAAGGUUGGAAAAAAUUAGGGUAGUUUGCAUAUUGGAGAGAAUAGAUAAGAUGUCCAAUGUUCCAUAUGAUGUUCCUACAAGAUGGAACUCCACCUACAAAAUGCUUGACAGUGCGUACAAGUUUAAAAAGGUUUUUUGUAGGUUGGGGAAAGAAGAAGUGAGUUUCAUAGACUAUUUUAAUGAGAUGGUUUGGAAAGAGGAAAAAAGCUGAAGGAGAAAAGAGUGGGGCCGCCCGUUGAUGAAGAUUGGGAACAAGCAGUUUCCUUUACACAUUUUUUAAAGAAGUUUUAUGAUACUACUUUGGUUCUUAGUGCAAGUAAGUGGUCUACUUCAAGUUUGAUCUUAAAAGAAAUGUUUGCCGUGGAAAGGGCAAUUUUUUACAAGAAGAAAGAUGCAUCUAAUCCUACUUUACAAAAAGUAGCAAUUAGUAUGAGUACUAAGUUUGUCAAGUACUGGGGGUGUUUUGGUAGUGUGAAUAAACUUAUCUAUGUGGCUAAUGUACUUGACCCAAGAUUUAAGCUUCAACUCUUGAGGAAACAACACACCAUUAUUGAAACGAAGGCCGACGUAAUUGAAUAUAUGGUGACUGAAGUGAAAAACUGCUUGAACUAUUUGUAUGGUGAGUACAAGGGAACUAGUUCAAUGGAGCAUGCACAACAAAGUGAUUUAAUCAUAGCUGAUGUUGACAAAGAGGAUGAAGACGACAUUUUGGACCAACUUGAGAGAGAAAGGGCUGAAAAAUCUUUGACUGAGAUAUCAAAUGAAGUUGAUUCUUAUUUUGCCGAUCCUUUUGAAAGUGCUAAGAACUCAACAUUUAAUCUCCUUGAGUGGUGGAAGGUAAAUGCCCCUAGAUACCCUAUACUGUCCAAGAUUGCAAAAGAUAUAUUUGCAAUACCAUCUUCCACCGUUGCAAGCGAAAAUGCAUUUAGCCUUGGUAGAAGAGUUGUGGAUCCAUUUAGAGCAUCAUUGACUCCAAGGAUGGUGGAGGCACUAGUAUGUACUAGUGAUUGGUUAAGGGAUGAAGCUUUUUCAUUUUACAAAGAACCAAGCGGUGAUGAAGUUGAAUUUUACAAAGACCUGGAAGAAAUUGAAGCAAAUUGGCAAAAUAUUCAAAUGGGUCCUGCUACUUCUCUUCAAGUGGCUCCUGUUGUUCCGGCUAUCACAAUAAACUCAUCUCAAUCUAGUUCUACUUCGAUAAACUCAAGUGUGAAUGCCAGUAACUACGGUGUCCAAGGUAGAGGUAGGGGAAAUCCUACUGCUAAGCCAAGAGGUGAUAGUGUUCCUAGAUCGAGAGGUCGAGACACUUCUUUGCCGAGAGGUCGAGGCACUUCUUUGCCGAGAGGUCGAGGAACUUCUAUGACGAGGGGUCGAGGCUCUUCUCUGCCCAGAAGUCAGACAAGACUCUAGAACUCCUACAAGCAAUGCUCAACUCGUUUGAUAAAAAUAUUUUUGCUGCUAACUAUAUGUAAUUUUAAAUCAUUGAAUUUCUAUAUUACUAUGUUGUAUGUUUUAUUUAGAAUUGAAAUUGUGCUGCCAU